AUGAAAAAAAAAACUAACAUAGAAAAUUUUGAUUUUAAGAAAAACGAAUUCAUUUGUAAUAAUAGUUUAAGUAAAAGCUCAAAUUAUUUCAAUGUAAAUAAAAUUAAAGAACUAUAUAACAUAGAAAACAAUAAAAUUUAUGAACAAAUUUUUGAUACUUAUUAUACAAAGGGAAAUGUACUUAAAAAAAGAAAAAAGGAAAAAAUUCAUAGAAAAAAUAGCUUAUCACCAUCUUUGAACAAUACUGAUAAAGCAAAUGAAAUAUUAUUUCACAUAAAUGAAGAAUCUAUUACACCACCUCCAUCUUUACAUUCAACUUUACAUACAAAAUGCUGUAAAACUUUUAAAAAUAAUAAUGAAAACAAAAAUUCAACAAACUUAAGUUUCAACAAAAAAAUAAUACCAAAUGAAGAAUUUUAUUUCUAUAACAAUAAUUUUGAUAACACACCAAAGAAAAUAAUUAAAGAUAAUAUAAAUUUACAAGAAAAAAGUUUUGUAAAAAUAAGUAAAGAAAACUAUAAUUUUAAUAGUAAAAGUAAAAAUGCACUGAUUAAUAGAAAUUCACUAAAUAAAUAUGAUUUUAUUAGAUUCGUAUGUUCUCCAAAUAAAAAAAGAAGUAAUGAAAAAAGCAUAAGCAAUAAUAAUGAAGUUUCAAUUCCAAUAAAGGAUAUAAAUAAAAAAAAAGAAAAUUUUAAUGAAAACUUGUGUAAAGAUACUUUUAACUCAAAUGAUACAAACAAUAACUUAGAUAUGCAAAAAAAUAUUAAUAGAAAUAAUAACACAGGAAUUAAUCAAAUAUAUUAUGAUAAAGAAAUUUCAGAAAAAAGUGAAGAUAAUAAUGCUGGUAUAAAAGUAAAACCAAAAAAUUUUAUAGAACCAUAUAAUUCUUUUUCUAUUAAUAGUCUGAGUAAAAAUUUUUUUAUAAACAACAAAAAAUUCUUUAUAAAUGAUAUCAAUAAAGAUAAAAUAAUUACAGAUGAUAAUGAAGAUGACUUAUCUACUAAAAAUAUUGUAAAUGAAAAGAAUGAUUAUGUGAAUUUGGAUAACAAAGAUAAUAUUAAUAGAAAAAAAAACUUAGAUUAUAAAAAUACAAAAAUGAAUAACAUAAAUUAUGAUUUUAAAAAUUUUGAUAAUAAUACACCUUAUCAUUUUAAUGGAAAUUAUGCCUUUGAUGAUAAUAUAUAUGAUAAAAAAGAUAAUAAUGAAAAUUCUUAUUUAAAGGAUAUUAAUAUCUAUCUAAAAAAAAAUUAUAAAAUAUGGAAGUCUUUAUAUAGUUACUUAGACGUUUCAUAUAAUUGUAGUAAAGAAGAGAUAAAAAAAUCAUAUAAGGAUAAAAUAAAAGUUCAUCAUCCUGAUAAAGGAGGAAGUAUAAAAGAAUUUUUAGAAUUAAAAUUAUCAUAUGAUAUACUAAUUAAUGAUAAAAAGAGAAAACUUUAUGAUAAGUAUGGAAAUGGUAUAUUAGAAUUAUUAAUUAGUGAAAAAUUUAGUGAUUAUAAUAUUUCAUCUGAUGAAAAAAAUGAAGAAGAAAUAAUAGACGAUGAGUGCUUAAGAAUAUAUGAUCUGUUUGUACUAAAAUAUAAAAAUAUUUCAUAUUUACAUAAUUUAUAUGAUUUAAAAAUUAACAGUAAUCAAUAUAAUGAAUUUCAGAAGUUAAUUUACCAUUUUUUUAAUAUAGAAAAUAAUAUUUUUAAAAACAUUUUUUAUAUUUAUCCUAUUUUUUCUCCCCAUAUAUCUCCUUUUAUUAAAAAUAAAAAAAAGAAUAAUUCAGAAAAUUCUUUUAUAUAUUUUGAUGAAAUAAGUAAUGAAAAUUCACAUGAAACUACUUCAGAUAAUUCUCCAUUAAAUAUUAAAUUAACAAAUGAAAUUACAACUUUUGAUACAAAAAAAAAAAAAAACAUUACAAAUAUAUUUAAUGAUUUAAAUUCAGAAUUUGAUCAUUUUUUCAAAAAUUAUAUAAUGGAAAAAAUAGAAUUAUCAGAGAAGCAUAGAAGAAAAUGCAAUAAAUCGUAUGAAAAUAAAAAAAAUGAACAUAAAACAGUAUUUAAGGAAAACAUUGAUUCUUAUUUUGAAAAAGAUACGUUUAUAUCAUCAGAUGUAGAUCCUCAAUAUAAUAAUUAUGUUGAUGGAAAAGGAAAAAAAAAUUUCUACGAAAAUAGUUCUUCAGAAUUUUUUAAAGAUAUUCAGUUGUCACCAGUUGCAUAUAGAAUUAUAAAUGACGACAGUAAAAAGCAUGUUGAUGAUUUCUACAAAUGGUUUGAAUUUUUUUUUGAAGAUAAUUUAAGUGAAGUUGAAAGCAAAGAAGAGGAUACUACUGAUGAAAAUGAAGAUGAAUCACUUGAAAAAAAAUUACAUAAGAAUAUUCAUAAUGUAAAUAAAAAUAUAAAAAGUGAUAAUUUCGAUGAAAUAGAGCAAAAUAUAAAAAAAAAAGAAUUUAUAAAUAAUUUAGCAGAAAAGUUAAUCCAAAAAAAUGAAAUGGAGAAAAUAAUUAAAGAGAAAUUAAAAGAAGAUACUUUUAUAAAAAAUAAUAAUAUAGUCACAAACAAUUGUAAUUCAUCCAUUAAUAAUACAAAUAAACUAGUCCAAUUUUAUAAUCCUAUAAAUAAUUCUCUGAACCAUAAUUGCAAAAUAAAGAAUAAUAUUCAAAGUGAAUUUCUAGAAAAAAAUUUCAACAAAAAUUAUGACGAUAUAUUGAACAUUGAAGAGAAAUAUGGAUUUAAUUUAAUUAAAAAAAGUGAGCAUAAAGUUAAUGAUCUAACACACGAUUUUAAUUAUAUUUAUAUAGGUAAUAAUAUAAAUAAAAAAAAAAAUUUUAUAUUAUUCAUAAAAGAAGAAUGUGUUAAAAAAUUUUUAAAAAUAAAAUUACUGAUUAACAAAGUUAAAAAAAAAUCAAAUUUAAAACAUAUAUCAUUAUUUGAAAGCGAAAUUGACAAAAAUUUGAAAAACAUUGAAUAUAUACUAUUAUUGAUAACAUACAAAGAAGAACUAGUGCCUUUAAAUGAUUUUUAUUUAUUAGAUAAAAAUAUAUACUCAGAAGAUUACUAUUGUAUUCCUUUAUAUAUAAAAAAAAAUAAUAUAAUAAGACCUCACUUUUGUCAUUUUAAAUGGAUUGUAUAUACUCUACAAUCAUUAUUCUUUUUUAAUCUUUAUUUUAAAAAAGUUAACAAAUAUAUAUGUACUUUUCCAUUUUUUAACUAUAAAUAUAAUUGCUUGAAAAAAUAUCUUGAAAAUAAAGAGGAUAAUAAAAAUUAUGAUAAAAUAAAAGAUAAGUAUAUUUUUUUUCAGCAUUACAUCAUAAAAAACAAACAUAAAUAUUUAAAAUAUUUUCCACAUUGUUUAUUUCUAUAUUUAAAAGAUGUAGUAUCACUAAAUAGAAACUGUCAGAAACAACUCCAAGUAAAUUUAUCUCCAGUUUUUGUUUUAACACCUAAUAAACUUUUUUGA